AUGUGGAUGACGUCGGUCGUUACACUGGGUUCACUGUUAUCGCCCGGGUGGACAGUAGAGUUACUUCCACGUUAAAAAAUUGGAAUAAAAUGCGGGAGGAGGAUUCACGCAAACACAGACGCCGCCUCAGCGCAGUGGGUUUGUAAUCAGUUCUUCGUGGACACGCGUCGGCUCCGCAGCGGAAGGUUUCCACGCGUGUUUGUGGGGGUUUUCCUUUUCUUUUUUUUUAUCAGCAAUAUUUCAGGGAGAGCAGUGUCGUCUUUCUCGCCACAGGGGCUGCGAGCAAACGAUGAACUGAGGACCUCCUCGACCCUCACACGUUUCUGCAGUCUGCACUCUUCACUCGCUGCUGUUGACCACGUUGCCUCUCCACACCUGGGCAGAGAAAUGCUUGUGUGUGCCGUCCCUCUGAUGAAUGACCGUGCAAGUGUUUUUGGGCUGGAGUAAGAGUAGUGGUCUGCACUUCGUCCCUCAGCCUCAGAGAGGCACUUCUCUACUUGACUGACUGCGACAUUUGUCUCUACAACUGCAAAGCAUCAUGGGUAGGAAAAAGAUUCAGAUCCAACGGAUCACAGAUGAAAGGAACAAGCAGGUGACAUUUACAAAGCGAAAGUUUGGCUUGAUGAAGAAAGCCUACGAGCUGAGUGUGUUGUGCGACUGCGAGAUCGCCCUCAUCAUCUUCAACCACGCUAACAAGCUGUUCCAGUAUGCCAGCACCGACAUGGACAAGGUCUUACUCAAAUACACAGAGUACAAUGAGCCUCACGAGAGCCGGACCAAUGCAGAUAUCAUAGAGACUUUGAGAAAGAAAGGCUUCAAUGGUUGUGAAAGUCCAGAGCCGGACGGUGAAGACUCCAUCGACCAAAGUCCCUUAAAUGAUGACAAGUACCGUAAAACCACAGAGGAUCUGGAUGUUCUCUUCAAACGCUACGGACAGUCGACGGCUCCUCAGACCUUCUCCAUGCCAGUCACAGUCCAGGCGUCCAGUCAAGGCACACUGCAAUUCAGUAACCCUGGCAACGCACUGGUAACUACCUCCUAUGUAACAUCAUCGUCUCUCACGGAUACCCACCUCCUGUCACCACAGCAACCAGCUCUUCAGAGAAACACGGUGUCUCCUGGGUUGCCACAGCGACCAGCGAGUGCAGGUGCUCUCCUGGGAGGUGACCUGAACAAUUCAAAUGGAGGAUGCCCAAGUCCAGUCCCUAAUGGAUACAACAGUGCCAGGGCCUCCCCAGGCCUCCUCACCGUUUCCAACGGCAACAGUCUGGGGAAAGUAGCUCCAGCCAAGUCUCCACCCCCCCCUCCCAGCCCCCAGAUGGUCAACAGCCGCAAGCCAGACCUCCGAGUCAUCACCUCACAGGGCGGAAAGAGCCUCAUGCAGAUGAACGCCCAGCGGCUGGCGGCCGGAGCCCAGGGGGCACAAACCCUCACCACGCCGGUGGUCUCAAUAGCCACACCGAGCCUCCUGGCACAGGGGCUGCCCUUCUCCGCCAUGCCCACGGCGUACAACACAGAGUACCAGCUGACCAGCGCGGACAUCACCGCUUUACAUGCUCUGGCGUCUCCUGGUGGCUUGUUGCCGACUUCAUGGCAGCAGCAGGCUAUUUCCCAGCAACCGCAGCAACAGCAGCAACAACAGCAAACACAGCAACAGCAGCAGCAGCAGCAGCAACUUAAUCUUGCAUCACUCAGCAACUUGGUCAUGUGGGGCGUGGACAAACAGAGCAGCGAGCUGUGUAGCCAGGUGUCCAGUCUGGCUGCCAAUCUGAGUGUUGGCUCUCCGUCCAACCUGCUCUUGGGUAGAGAUGAGUGGUUGGGCCGGCCGGUGACCCAUAUACCUCAAGGCGCCAUGCUGACCGUCAACACCAACUCCAGCGUGAGCAUCAAGUCGGAGCCCGUCUCGCCUGGUCGUGAUCACGGCAGCGCCUGCUCUCUUCCCUCCUCCAACACACCGUCCUCGACUUCAGGGGGAGCCAUCCUGACCGCACCGCCUCAGUACCCCGGCUCCCUGCUGUGCCUGGAGCCCCCGACCGGCCGCUCGCCUGCGAACAGCGUAAGCAGCAACGCCAGCUCCUUUGAAGGCAGCGAUCGCGACGACACCGGUACAGCCGGCGGCGGCGGCCCUGGAGGUGCAGGCGGAGGCGGUGGCUCUACGGGUUCAGCAAACCGCUCCAUGCCGCCGGACUUCAGCUCCUCGGCUGAUCUCCUCAGGGUGUCGAACGAUCCGGAGCAGGAGGGAGGAAACGUGAAGCGCAUGAGAUUGGACACCUGGGUCACAUAGAUGCACCGUUUCUCUGCACACCCCCCCUCCCCCCCUGUGAAGUUAUGGUGACACUUAAACACCCACAGCACACACACCCACUCAUCCUUACACCCCCACUGCCCUCACCCACGCUGCCAUGUGAUACUAUCCACAUGCAUCUGCCUCUUUCCAGAAUUACACCACUCACCUGCGUCACCCAGACUUAUGAGGCUUUGCCAAAAUAAGAAAAAAACAUUAAAAAAAAUAAAAUAAAAAUCUCGCUCUGAGUGAAGGAAGGACUGUUUAGUGCUCUGCUGGAUAUUUAGAGCCCUUGAAUAGAGGCACAGUAGAUUUUAAAGCCUUCUUGCUUGAAUGGACUCCCGUAUAGUAACUUCUUUUUGUUAGAAACAAGGCACUUAGCCUUUCAAUCUGACUUGACCGUAAAAAUAUUCCUCUUUCACUCGCUUUCUGCAUCACCUUCAUGUAUUUACAUUGAGAUCUGCUGCAUUGUUCUCAAUAUGAUCCCGUGGCUUGUCAACGCGAUAGGACUUCUGCUGUACGACUCGCCACUUCCUGCUUCUUUGAAAUCCGCUGGGAUUGUGUGCUGUCCAUUCUUCAGUAAGGCACUUGUAAACUGCACUAUUGGAAAUAACUUAAUCCGGACACCUUGAGGACUGAGCAUCUGUGUGACACUAAACAGACUCAAACAGGGACCCUAGGUGAGAGUUUUACCGAGGCAGGCCCGAGCACUCAAGUGGCACUUUGCAGCCGUGGAGUCGAGCACUUUGCCCGAGUGCCAAUAUCAACCUCUCUGUAGGAAUAAGACAAAAAUGCCAAAAGCCUCUUGCACGCGGUGCGGGGACACUGACGAGUGAUCACUCACGAAAACCGGCGAGAACUAGAAACUGUUGAUGCUUUUCAAGCGUUGAAUUUGUCGUCACUCUCUCCUCAGACUGAGCGCUCCACCCGUCCUCUCACUCAUCGCCUCUGGAGCUCAGCUGGAAAUUGUUGCACCAGAUCUCCAGCCACAGUCCCUCAGCUUAUUGCCGGGAGUAGACGCCAUCCAGUUAAAAGCAUAGUACAAGUUUUCUGAGCCUCUGGUGGCUUUUUUUCGAGGUAGGGAAGUAUUUGGUUCCUUCAGUCCAAGUGUUCUUUAUCUGUUGGUAUUUAAAAAGAAAAAUCUGUUUUGAAGGUCUGUUGGUCGUCCAGAAGUAGGAAUUCUGACUUUGUAUAAAAAUCACUCCUUAUACAAAAAGCUUUGAUGUCCUCUCUAGCUCUCUAUAGCUCUCCUUAGCUCUUUGCUGUGUUUCGAAAAGUGAAAGGAAAAAUACAUUUUCUAUAUUUCUACCGCUUCAGUUGGCGACAAAGUACGAUAGCUUUUCAGCUUCAACGACGUGUAUGUACAUAUGAAUAUAUUUGCAUAGACUUUGCUAGGUAUCCCUAAAAACAAGCAAUGUGUUGAUUCUCAGUGGAUCUGUUUGCAUAUACGAGUGUGACUUUGAUCUGUUUUGAGCUACGGUGCAGGGGCUACGCCACGCCAGGUAGUGCUGGUGGAUCAGACGUGUUUCAGUAAACCUAUUUUAUGCUAGUGUUGGUGGUGUGUGCACUUUGUGUCUCUCACUCACAGAGGCCUGCUUGGUUGUGGUGUCAUCAUAUUCUCCCGCCACCCCCCCGCCCUUUUUUUAAAAACCCACCAAAAGUAAAAGUAUCCACCUUAACAUGAAGUCAUCAUUACGACACUGCCAUUCACGUAUCGUGUACUUAAAGAGGUAAUACACACAAACACUUUGCUCGACGGAAUCACGUUUAAUCUUUUCCACAUUAACCAGACACAGAUUUUUUGCCUUUUUUCACUUUGAAGUUAAGUCAAGAAGUUGGCUAAUAAGUGCUGUGUUUGUUGUUCAAUUGUAUAUUUUAUAGUACAAAUUAGUUUUGUCUGAACCAUUUCAAGUUUAUGUACGAGUGUGUGAGUGUGUGUGUGUGUUCACAGGAUGUUUAUACGUAGAAACAGGAAGUCUCCCUCCCCCCCUCGAGUUGACGCUCUCGGUGCAGACUGUUUGCGUCGGCUGGUGUUAGUUGACUGUUGAUUAUCUACUUAGGCAAUGCUACACUUUUAAAUGUGUGUGUGUGUGAAAUGAUGCUCCGCAGUGCAGAGAGUGGAACCACAGAGGCUGGGGGUCAGUGGAGGAUAUCACCUCGACCUGUGACCUUUUCACGCCAGUCGAUGUUUUCCAUGAUCAGCUUAUUUCUCCGUCCUUCACGCAACAGCUCAUUUCAGGUCAUUAGUGUUCUUCUUCUGUCAAUCAGCACUGGAAAACAAUUCAACCAACUCUUUCUAAAAACCAAAACCUCAUGUUGGAGACUAUUUAACGUUUGAAUUGUUAAAGGAACUUUAGGGAAACUCACUUUCUUCCCUAGAGUUUGACGAGAAGCUGAAGCUACAGCAGACUGUUAAAUCAGCAGGAAACCGGCAACAAACCCACCUAUCAAGUCUGAGGCUGACGUCUAAUGCUGCAUUCAUGUUCUAUCACUGAGACCAUAAUCACCAGCAAUCAGGUUGGAACAUAUAGAACAAAUUUGAAGGGCAUUUAGAUUAUAUUAAUAGUCAAAGAAGAUGUGAGCUAAAGGGCAUUUUCCAUCCACUAAUCCAUCCUAAUGCAAAUAUUAGGAUUUGGGUGUAUAAAAAUACAGAAA